AUGCAGCUGCUCUCUCGGCUUGGAGCUGCACCACUGGCCAUCAAGAAUCUGGUCAAUCAAAGUGCAUGCUUGAAACUGCUAUCAGUUUCCUGCAGUUUGAACAAGUUACAUUCAUUCCCCAAGCGUCAUGAUGUGCUGAAUGGUAACUUUAUUCAUGGAGUAUGUCUCGUAAAACAAGACACAGAUACGUAUACUGUAACUUAAUUGAUGUCUCUUUAAAUAAGACACACUCUGAUAUGUAUCCUUUCCCUUAAUUGAUGUCUGUUACGUAUCCUGUUAUUUAACUAUACGGCUCGUUCUAAAACAAUACACAACGAAAGACGAUACCAUAUUUUAAUACAAAAACAAAGAAAACACUACCCAAACUAGGGCUAAUUAUUGUAAAUAAAUUUUAUUAAACAAUGAAUUAAAAACUCAAAAAGAAAUAAAACUAAAGCUACUGACCUACAGUAUAAUGAUUGGCUUGUACCGGUACAAUGUUGAAGAAGAUACACUGUUGUCAAACGGUACAAUGAUUAAAAAGAAUAUACACACACAGCAAAAGUUAGUAAACAAAUUCUGUCUCGUAUAGCAAAUCUCUAUGGUAAUAGUGCCCCAACUAUCUCCCGACCAUCCUCCCUGUCCCUCAAUAAUAAAGGUCAAGAUAUACUAUUUUCAGUUAGCCACACCCCAAAUGCGGUACAGAACUUGGGGUCAGCUAGAGUUCAUUCACGGGGAAAGAGGACGUAAACACGUCGUCUACACAACAAUGGCUCUUAAAAUAAGACACAGAUUUGUAUCAGAAGACUAAAAACAACACACAAAAAAUCAAAUCAUCCCCAUUAUUACAAAUUGUUUUGUUAACAUUUUAUUUAUUGCGUUUUAUUUCUUGAUCUUUCCUUAGAGGAAAGAGUCCUUGAUCCAAAGACAAAAGUCAUUUAUGUGUGGCGCGAGAACAGCAGUGGAUGGUAUGUGGUCAAAACCUGGAAGGACUACGAUGUGAAAAUGUCAGUGAGGGCCAAAGGAGAUAUCAAACACGGGGGUACCCAUCUCCAAGAUUCAGAAGGAUCAGAAGGAUUUUAUCAUAGAAUAGUGCGAUGUUAGGCCUCGUGGGAUGUCAUCAGAUAGUCAUGAAAUAUAUGAGGGCUGGUCAUAUUUUAGUGAUAGAACAUAAAAUAUUACAGUAUUACAGAUACCAAAUAUACUGAAAAUAAUAAUGGUAAAUUGCAAAAUAUUACUUAGUUAUUAUCAAAGAAACGGGGAAACCAUCAUUUUUCCGUGAAGUAUAACAUAAUAUAAGCGGG